ACGAAUUCUUUGAUCAAAACAAUUCAAGAAGAACGAAUAAGAAGGAAUUUAUCUUUUCGAUAACCUUCUCGACAAACAACAAUGCUAACAUAGGGUUACUCGUCAAUUCAAUUGAAAUAAUACUAAUCAUAAGAACCAAGUAACAUUAGCUUAUUAUCCGCAUAAAAAGUGAGUAGUUUGACCCAAAGCCUUGUUGACAUUGGUAUUUGAGAUCUACAGCUAGCUAACAGUACGGUAUGAACAGAAGCUCAGUAGCCUUUCAACAAGACUUUCCAACUUGUAAGAUCCUCAAGAUGUCUACAAUGAUACGCACUCCUAGUACGCCAACAGCUCAACGAUCAUCACCAGCAUCAGCAGCGUCGACUGGAACUUGGAAACACCCAAAAUUUGAUGAAAUUGCAAGACGACAGAAUGCGGCCACUUUUACAGACCAGAAUAUGAGACGGCUCUUAUGGAAUGGUGUAGGAUUCAUUGUGAUAUGGUAUCUUGGCCGAACACUUUGGAGGACGUAAGUAUAUAAAAUCCAUGAUCCGAUGAUAUGUGCUAAUUGUGACACAGAUUUCCUAGUUAUUUCUUUGACGAAGGAUUAUUCCCAACGAUUGCGUCAUGGAGCUUUCGACUGAUGGAGUUUUGCCUUAUUUUUAACGUCGUUGUCGCACUUCGCCCAUUCUAUAGAAAACGAGACGACAUGGAAGAUAUUCCUUUGACACCUGCGCAACGGAAAUUGCUUGGAUUGAAACCUAGUUCCAGACCAGCUACUCCAGGCUCGGAAUAUGUAACUCCACCAAGAUAUAGGAGGACGUCAACACCCUUGAGCAGCUCACCUGCAAAUCGAAGAGGAAGCCCGGCUUCUGGAAGUCCUUCCGGAAAACGAUCUCAGAGCCCGCACGUCCAAGAUGGUCUGGAGAGCUUGGUAAAUCCACUUGGACCAAUGUACUCCCCAGGUGCAAGCCCUUUACUGCAAAAGACUCUGAGGAGUGGAAGUGGCAACCGGAGGUCUUCGUAUGGUUCGUCAAAUCCUCUUGGUCGAUCGAUAGGUGAGCCUGGAACACCAGGCACGCCAAGCCCAUUGGGUGUUGGGAAGACAUCAAGUGUAGGACUAAAUAAUAAAUGGCUCUAUGAGAAGGGAAGGAGAAGUUCGGGGAAUGCCCGAUUGUAUACGUAGACUUUAGACAUAGUGGAAUUCGGAUAUAGAUACCAUUCUAACCCGCGUUAGUUUUAUUUAUACCUGCAAUUUCAAUGAUUGAAUUGCCCCAGACUGCUAUGUAAUUGAGAUUGUGGUUUG